CUCUACCCCCUUCCCGCAGGAGGUGAGGAAAGGGGACGGAAGCGAGCACGCGGAGCUGAGUCGGAGUCGGUCGGAUCCACCCACCCGCGGAACGGAUCGAAGCCGCCGGCAUCCUCAUCUCUCUUCGGGUCGCCGCGUCGUUCGCGAAUCGGACCCCUGAAUUGGUCUGGCUGCCCGCGCCAGAACCCGAUAAGCGGCCGGAUGCGGUGGCCUCUUGAUCUCGCGGCGGGAGGUGGUUAACUACCUGCCGAUUUGGGGAUUUGGGUGCGUGUUUGGGUUUGUGCGUGUGUGGUGGCGUGGCCUCGCCGGCGGUAGGUGGCGGAGCUAGGGUUUGGUCCGGCGGGAUGACGCGCCGGGUGCGGCGACGGACGUGCAGGGAGAAGGCGAAGGGGGUGGAUGAGGUGGUGGGGGAGGGGAGGGCGCUGCGGGGCUCGUCGCAUGUGGGUUCGGCGGGGGCGGAGGGCUGGGAGGAUGCGGCGGCGGCGGAGGUGGACUGGACGGCGCUGCCGGACGACGCGUUGCUGCAGCUGUUCGCGCGGCUGAACUACCGCGACCGUGCCAGCAUGGCGGCGGCGUGCCGGGCGUGGCGGGCGCUGGGCUCGUCGCCGUGUCUGUGGAGCGCGCUCGACCUCCGCGCGCACCGGUGCGACCCCGAGGUGGCGUCGUCGCUCGCCUCGCGGUGCGGGAGCCUGCGCCGGCUGCGGCUGCGCGGCCACGAGGCGGCCGAGGCCGUUCCCGGCCUCCGCGCGCGGGGGCUCCGCGAGGUGGUGGCCGAUGGCUGCCGAGGGCUCACGGACGCCACGCUCGCCGUCCUCGCCGCGCGGCACGAGGACCUCGAGAGCCUCCAGAUCGGGCCCGACCCUCUCGAACGCAUCUCCAGCGAUGCCCUCCGCCACGUCGCGCUCUGCUGCUCGCAUCUCCGCCGCCUGCGCCUCUCAGGUCUCCGUGAAGCUGACGCAGAUGCUGUCGGAGCGCUCGCCCGCUACUGCCCCUUCCUCGAGGACGUUGCUUUCCUUGACUGCGGCGCCGUCGAUGAGGCCGCCCUGGCCGGCAUCCACACCCUCCGGUUCCUCUCCGUCGCCGGAUGCCGCAACCUGAAAUGGGCUACAGCAUCCGCUUUCUGGGCCCAGCUUCCCUCCCUUAUUGCCAUUGACGUCUCCCGAACCGAUGUCUCACCAAGUGCUGUCUCUCGCCUCAUCUCCCACUCCAAAACCCUCAAGCUUAUAUGCACGCUGAACUGCAUUUCUGUUGAGGAGGAACUGUCUCACAAUCCUGCUGCAUUUAGUAACUCCAAGGGCAAGCUCGUGCUCACCAUUACAAGCCACAUCUUUAAAUCGAUUGUCUCACUGUUUCCUGGUGUGGAUGUGAAAGAGCACGGGGUGUUCAAUCAAUGUAACUGGAGGCACAAAGACAAGAUAGUUGGUGAUAUUAUGAGCUGGCUUGAGUGGAUCCUUUCGCAGUCACUUCUAAGGAUUGCAGAGUCCAACCCACAUGGUAUGCAUGACUUCUGGCUGCAGCAGGGCACUGCGCUGCUGCUUAGCCUACUGAAGAGUUCGCAGGAGGAUGUGCAGGAGCGAGCGGCUACUGCCCUUGCUACAUUUGUAGUUAUUGAUGAUGAGAGCGCGACUGUGGAUCCUGCAAGGUCGGAGACUGUGAUGCAGAAUGGGGGCAUCCGAAUGCUGUUGGACCUUGCGAGGUGCUCAAGAGAGAGCGCACAGUCUGAAGCAGCAAAAGCUAUUGCCAACUUAUCAGUGAAUGCCAAUGUUGCCAAGGCAGUUGCAGAUGAAGGUGGUAUUACAAUACUCACUAAUUUGGCUAAGUCGAUGAAUCGGCUUGUUGCUGAAGAGGCUGCUGGUGGCCUUUGGAAUCUCUCUGUGGGUGACGACCACAAGGCGUCUAUUGCGGCGUCUGGUGGUAUAAAGGCCUUGGUCGAUCUAAUAUUUCGUUGGCCUGCUGGAACUGAUGGAGUUCUUGAACGUGCUGCUGGUGCGCUCGCAAACCUGGCUGCUGACGACAAGUGUAGCUUGGAAGUUGCAAAGGCUGGUGGUGUCCAUGCUUUGGUUACACUUGCUCGAUUGUGUAAACUUGAGGGUGUCUUAGAACAGGCUGCAAGAGCUUUAGCUAACUUAGCUGUACAUGGAGACAACAACGACAACAAUGCUGCUGUAGGUCAGGAAGCAGGGGCUCUGGAGUCAUUAGUGCAACUAACGAGUUCUCAAAAUGAGGGUGUUAGACAAGAAGCUGCUGGUGCUUUGUGGAACCUGUCAUUUGAUGACAGAAAUCGUGAAGCUAUUGCUGCUGCAGGCGGUGUUGAAGCUUUGGUUUCACUUGUACAAGAAUGUUUAAAUGCUUCAGAGGGCCUUCAGGAGAGAGCUGCUGGCGCAUUAUGGGGAUUAUCUGUUUCAGAAGCUAACAGCAUCGCAAUUGGACAGGGAGGUGGUGUUGCACCUUUGCUUAUGUUGGCACGCUCAGAGGUUGAAGAUGUUCACGAGACAGCAGCAGGGGCACUGUGGAAUCUUGCUUUUUAUUCUGGUAAUGCCCUCCGCAUAGUUGAAGAAGGUGGGGUGCCUGUUCUUGUAAACAUUUGCUCGUCAUCAGGAUCAAAAAUGGCUCGCUUCAUGUCUGCCCUAGCCCUUGCCUAUAUGUUUGAUGGAAGAAUGGAUGAAGUUGCAUUGGUUGGGACAUCCUCAGAUAGCAGUUCCAAGAGUGUUAGUGUUGAGGGAGCCAGAAGAAUAGCUUUGAAGCAUAUAGAAACCUUUGUGCUGUCGUUUUCAGAUCCACACAUGUUCUCUAUGGCUGCUGCCUCCUCAACCCCGGCAGCGCUAUGUCAGGUUGCUGAAGCAGUUUUUAUACACGAAGCUGGACACCUGAGAUGCAGUGGGGCAGAGAUUGGUAGAUUUGUUGCCAUGCUUCGGAAUCCGUCACCAAUUCUUCGUGCUUGUGCUGCCUUUGCCCUUCUUCAGUUCACAAUCCCGGGAGGUCGGCAUGCAGUGCACCAUGCAGGUCUCUUGCAGAAAGCAGGAGCAGGUCGAGUGUUGCGUGCAGCGGCAGCUGCAACAACAGCUUCUAUUGAAGCCAAAAUCUUUGCAAGAAUUGUCCUCAGGAACUUGGAGCACCAUCAGUCAGGUACGUCGACAUGAAUGCGCAGGCACAGGGCCGGUGCAUCCUCCGCAUCAUGUCCAAGGGCUGCCUGGCCAGUGCAGAAUGAUGUGAAAUAUCGGCUCAGGUAGUGUUGGCUUUUCGGAGCUUGUCACUGCAUUAGCUUGGCUUGUGCAGGCAGUGACCGAAGGGACUCCACCCAAGGAGAGCCAUGAACUGACAAGAAUGAAACAGCAGUUAAGUGGUGGCCUUUUGCCUCUCCAUGGCCCCUUGCCGACGUCAGGAGUGUACAAUUUUCUCGUGACCAUUUGUUUUGUAAAAUUAACUUAAUUUUUUUUUAGCGUCGAUGAGAAUUAUGAAGCGGUAUAUACCUUAAAUUAUGGACAAUUAUUGUUUGUUGAUUAGUGUUGAGGUGUGGCAGUGUCAGGCAAACUUGGGCAGUUCCUCCUGUCGAAACAUACAUGUAUAAUUUUCUCGUGAUCAUUUGUUGCUGUA